AUGGAGAUACGGCGUGUCACGGUACAGAGCAAUGGCACUGUUCGCACUAUUAUCAAUUUUUCGCUACGGACAUUCUGCGAAGAUUCCGAUUUCAAAAACUUUCCCGAUGAUGUUUAUAAGUGCUGCUACCAAAUCGAACCACACUUCAACCAGGAUGCGAUAGAUUUUGAAACUGUCGGGCAACCUGUAUUCACGGACCCGAAAUAUUUCCGCGAUUACGGCUGGCUCAUGUAUGGCACUGUACCAACCGUCCAAAUUGCUGAUGAUACACAAAUUUCACAGCUCGGCUUUUGCAUCAACUUGCAACGAUCGACGAACUCGGUACGAAUCGAGCUGUCGCUACCGAGCACCGUUACCUCCAUAUUAUUCCUGCUGACGCCUUUGCUGGGUCAGAUCCAUCUACAGAUUGCUGCAAAAAUGUUCGUGCUCUUCCUACAGUUCCUCACUUUGCAGCUCUUCUCCGCCCGUAUCGCACCGCAUCUUGGCUCCGCUGCUGCAACGCCAAAAAUACUGCGGUUUCUGGAGUUUGCAGUAGCACUCAAUACUCUUAGCAUUUGUGUAUCGAUGGUGUUAUGGAUGUGCUGCAAAAUCCGCCGAAAUUUGCCGCCAUGGAAUUGGCUGAUCAGGUAA